AUGGACAAUGACGACCCUCUUGAGCCUGAGACAAAAGAUGAGAGUGACACCGUGUCGGCACGGCAGAGCAGUGACGAAACACUCUACUGUGAGGCUGAAGCCCCCAUGGCUGUCGAAAAAGAGAAACCAGCCCGGGAGAGCUCAGAAACAGACCUUGAGAUUGAAGAUACCGAGAAAUUUUUCACCACCGGACAAAGGGAGCUGUACCUGGAGGCCUGCAAACUUGUGGGCGUAGUGCCCGUCUCCUACUUCAUCCGGAACAUGGAGGAAUCCUAUGUGAACCUCAACCACCAUGGGCUGGGCCCCAGGGGUACCAAGGCUAUUGCUAUAGCCCUGGUGUCCAACACGACUGUUGUCACGCUGGAGCUGGCAGACAAUUGUAUCACGGAGGAGGGCAUCUUGAGCCUGGUGGAGAUGCUACAGGAGAACUACUACCUGCAGGAGAUGAAUAUUUCCGACAAUGAUCUUGGUUUGGAGGGAGCCAGAAUCCUCUCUGAGUUCCUCCAGAAUAACACCUCUUCGCUCUUUAGUCUUCAGCUUUCAGGAAAUAACUUCAAGGAAGAAUCCGCAGAGCUGUUUUGCCAAGCCCUGUCGACCAAUUACAGAAUUAAGUCGCUGGAUCUCAGUCACAACCAAUUCUCUGAUAAGGCAGGAGAGUACCUGGGGCAGAUGCUGGCCCUCAACGUGGGGCUCCAGUCGCUGGACCUGAGCUGGAACCACCUCUACAUCCAGGGAGCGGUGGCCUUGUGCAGCGGUCUCCGGGCUAAUGUGUCCCUGAAGAAACUGGAUCUCUCCAUGAACAGCUUUGGGAACGAGGGGGCUGCAGCCUUAGGGGAGGUCCUCAGACUCAACAACUCCCUGGCCUACCUAGACCUCAGCAGCAACAACAUCAGCAAUGAAGGGCUCUCCAAAAUCAGCAAAGGAUUGGAGUUGAAUGAAAGCCUCAAAGUUCUGAAGCUUUACCUGAACCCUCUAAGUAUGGAUGGGGCUGUGUUACUUAUCCUGUCCAUCAAGAGGAACCCCAAAUCCAAGAUGGAGGAUAUUGACAUUUCCAAUGUGCUGGUGUCAGAGCAGUUUGUGAAAAUAUUGGAUGGCGUGUGUGCUGUCCACCCCCAGCUGGACGUGAUGUACAAAGCAGUGCAAGGCCUCUCUAACAAGAAAAACCUCUUCACGUCGAUGAGCCCUGUGAAACUGAUCCAGAGCUAUGCAGACCAACACAAAAUCUCGGUCCUGGACUUCUUCAGGAGCUUGAACCCUAGUGGAGAGACGACGAUGCCUGUGGGCGAGUUCCGGAAAGCUAUGAUACAGCAGAACAAGGUCCCCGUAAACCGGUACCAAGUCAGGGAGCUGAUAAAGAAGCUGGGUGAGAAGACAGAUAUGGUGGACUUCAGGACCCACUCCUCCUCGCCGAGGCUGCAGGACCCUGCUGGUCUGCAGGUUGGUCCAUAA